AGCUGAUCUUUUUUUCUUUCUUCGCAGCCGCAUCACAGUCUUCUAUCAGACGUGCGCUGUCUCACUUCUCAAGUUGGAGGUCGACGAUCGCCUUCCAAUUACAAUCAGCAAUACGCCGUAGCGGGAGAGAGAGCAUACCGCAUCGAGUGCUAUGGAAUCAUCUUCACAAUGCCUUCCAAUAUCCCAGCACUUCCAUGGUGGACCGUUGCUGAGUUCGGCUGAAUUUGAAGGAAUUCAGCCUUGAGGUUACUGUUCACUUGAGAUACUCCAGGGAAACCAGAAUGAUAUCAUGGGAAACAAGAAUGAAAUCAAGUUCAUCCAGGAGACAUUAAUGAGGAGGAUGAGGUAGCCAUAGUUGAUGAUUGGACCAAAAAGUUCAUGGGUAUUGUUUACACGGUAAUUGAUGAGGAGAAGGAGAAAGCAGCAAAGGAGGCAAAAGAGGAGAGGACUUGCCCCAUCUGUAUGAACAUGUUCGAACCAGACGAGAAGCGGAGUAAGAUGAUUUGCUGCCCUCAAGUUUUCCACUGCGAUUGUAUCUCGACGUGGCAAGACGUGCCCUUGGUGCCGGUCCUCCUUACCACUCGUGCUUCAGUCCACAAAGGGCAUUAUUGAACGAAAUGAAUCAGAAUAUUUUGUUUGCCCUGUUCAUGGAGUUUCUUCAAACUUUGUGAUAAUGUGGUAUUUUUGGUAGAAGGGUCUAUAUGGAGAAAGAAAAUAUUACAUGCUCUCGGGUGUGAGUGUGGUUGUCUAACACGCGUGCCUGAUGUAAUAGUAGUUGAGAAUCAGUUUGUUUCAACUAGGCGGAGUCUAUCGUUUCACUUUUUCAAAGUUGGGUUGGAUUAGUAGAUUUUGGGUUU